CACCCACUGGGGCAUCAUGUUUGUGAGACUCGCAAUAGCUAGUUUGUUAAGAGGCUAUAGCUGAAUGUGCAGCAAAGACUCCAAGUCUAACUGCGCUCUUUGGUUUAAAUCACUCAUUUAGAGUUCAGUAAGAUGGAUAUGAAAAAGAGAAUUCACCUGGAGUUGCGGAACCGGACGCCGUCAGACGUAAAAGAGCUCGUGCUCGACAACUGUCGGUCAAAUGAGGGCAAAAUCGAGGGCCUCACCGAUGAGUUUGAGGAACUGGAAUUUUUAAGCACAAUCAACGUAGGCUUAACAUCAGUCGCCAACUUGCCGAAGCUAAACAAACUCAAAAAGCUUGAGCUUAGCGAUAACAGAAUCUCAGGGGGUCUGGAGGUACUGGCAGAGAAGUGUCCCAACCUCACCCAUCUCAACCUCAGCGGCAACAAAAUUAAAGACCUCAGCACCAUCGAACCCCUGAAAAAAUUGGAAAGCCUCAAAAGUUUAGACUUGUUCAACUGCGAGGUGACAAACCUGAAUGACUACAGAGAAAACGUCUUCAAGCUGCUCCCUCAGUUGACGUAUCUGGACGGCUAUGACAAAGAGGAUAAAGAAGCCCCCGACUCUGACGCCGAAGCUUACGUCGAAGGCCUAGACGACGACGAGGACGAUGAAGAUGAGGGAGAAGAGGAGGAGUAUGAUGAAGAUGCAGCUCCAGGAGAUGAGGAUGAAGAAGAGGGAGAGGAGGAUGAUGAGGAAGAGGGAGAAGAGGAGGAAGAAGAGGACAUCAGCGGAGAGGAAGAGGAGGAGGAAGAGUUAAAUGACGGCGAGGUAGAUGAUGAGGAAGACGUUGAGGAGGAGCGGGGUCAGAAGAGGAAAAGAGAGCUGGAUGAGGAAGGGGAGGAAGAUGAUGACUGAACAUGCACUCCCCCCAAUCGUGAUCUGACCGUUUAACCCCUGUAUAUCUGUCCUGUUGUCACUCUGCGAUGGUUUGGGGAGGUAUUCAGAUGGUAGGGGGUGGGUUAGUGUAAACGAGGACACAAUUUAAAUAUUUGUUUUUAGACUUUUUGUUGUUGAUGUUGUUGUUGUUUUCUUUUGGUUUGGUUUGUACUUUCAGUUUGAUUCCCUUCAUUUUCUCCAAAAGCUCUUCAAAUGGCUGACAACACAGUGUGGAAAAUUAUUAUUGUUGGAAAAAAGAAAAAAAAAAAAGACCAGUAUGCUCUUGUAAUUUUUCCCUUGUCUUUACUGUUGAUGCCUAAAUGCUGGUGAUGACUUAUGUAUUAAAAAAGAAAAAACAACCAAAAACCUUUUAGAAGUGCAUGGCUGACUCUAUUUUAAAGUUGACUACUGGAUUACAAGGAAGAACAUUUUCUAACCCACUUUUUUAUUGCAUCUUUUAUUUGUGUAUUUCGUUUCUUUGGUGUUUUCUUCAUCAUCAUCAACACCACCACCGUGUGACGUGCUAUUUAGGCAUGAAGAACGCAUCAUGAUGUCUGCUUGGACAUGCAGAGUUCAACCUCUCAAUGUGAUUUUUAUUUUUACUUUAUUUUUUAAUGUCGAAUGUCUGCCCUUGUCAAAUGAGCCCUAAACCCCUUCUCCCUUUUGUGUGGAUAGUUCAGAGGCUUUGUGUUCUUUGUAAAUAAUGACCAAAUAUAUUUUUUUUCUGAUUCCCUUUGAUAAUGGCAGACAUUUUCACAAAUAAUCUCAGUUGUAACCAUUAACUGUAAUAAAAUGAAUGAAAACGCAA